CACCUUGUCCUUCCAUCCCUUGCCGCACCACCGCCCACCCCCUCCUGCUUAUUACCACCACCGGCUCUCUCUUGUGCUGUGCUCAGCUCAUCUGCCUCUCCAUUUCGUCGUCGUCUUCUUCUUCCUCCUCCUUCGAUCUCCACCCAUCCACCGCCGGCGCGGCCGGGAUCCGCAGCUCGAGACCGACGGUGGAGCGCGGCGGCGAGCAUCAGCAGCCGACGACGGCGGAGGAGGAGGAUCCGCGCCGCCGCCGUCCCGAGACGCCGCCGCCACCCACGAUGGGGCGCGGCAAGAUCGAGAUCAAGCGGAUCGAGAACGCCACCAACCGGCAGGUGACCUACUCCAAGCGCCGCACGGGGAUCAUGAAGAAGGCGCGCGAGCUCACCGUGCUCUGCGACGCCCAGGUCGCCAUCAUCAUGUUCUCCUCCACCGGCAAGUACCACGAGUUCUGCAGCCCCGGGACCGACAUCAAGACCAUCUUUGACCGAUACCAGCAGGCCAUCGGGACCAGCCUAUGGAACGAGCAGUAUGAGAAUAUGCAGCGCACGCUGAGCCAUCUCAAGGACAUCAAUCGCAACCUGCGCACAGAGAUUAGGCAAAGGAUGGGCGAGGAUCUGGACACUCUGGAGUUCGACGAGCUGCGCGGUCUUGAGCAAAAUGUUGAUGCGGCUCUCAAGGAGGUUCGCCAUAGGAAGUACCAUGUGAUCGCCACACAGACUGAAACUUACAAGAAAAAGGUGAAGCACUCGUACGAGGCGUACAAGAACCUGCAGCAGGAGCUGGGCAUGCGCGAGGACCCGGCGUUCGGGUUCGUGGACAACACUGGCGCCGGCGGUUGGGACGGCGCCGCGGCGGCGCUGGGCGGCGGCGCCCCGGACAUGUACGCCUUCCGCGUGGUGCCCAGUCAGCCCAACCUGCACGGCAUGGCCUAUGGCUCCCACGACCUCCGUCUUGGCUAGCAUCGUCAUCCACAGCCAGCGCUGCCUGCUGCUAGCUAGCUGCAUUGCGCGCCGCCAUGGGUGCUGCUCCUCCACGGCGAGCACGUACUGCAUGCACGCCAAUGCAAGUUACUAGCUAGCUAGUUCAUGCACCACCAACGCAAGCAAGCAGCAAUAUAAUGCAUGCAACUACCGAGGUAUUGUAAUAACAAAUAAGAAUUACUGCGAGCCCAAUGCUGCAGAUGAUGAACAGCUUAAUUACCGCGCGCUUGUUUCGUGAUACCAUGCGUAGUCGUCAUUAUAUUCCUGUGGCAUGUAUGUCGUUUAUGAUGUGUGUUGUGUGUGUGUUCGAGGAAAAUGGUUGUAUUCUAUUAUGAUCGUGUGGCAUUAUAUCUAUAUUGUUGACUCUAUUCCUAUAUGUGAGACUUCAUUAUCAA